CAACUUUCAUUUUAGAAGACGAAAGAUGUUCGACGAGUUGAUAUUCGGGACGAAGACGCUUCUUUCCCCUCACCAUGCUACUAAUAUAUUCUUAGCAUCGUCAUAUAUACUUCUAAAGACAAUACCUAUAGUCUGCUCUUAUUUGUUUUUUGAUUGUUCUUUGGAAUUGCAAGAAUGGGAGUGGAUAACAUUUCUUGGAUGUGUAAUUGUCUUAAAGACCAAAAAAUUGACAUACUUUGUGGAUUACAUCAAUACAGCUUGUCUUUUUACAAAGAUGUUGAAUACUGUUAUGUUUUUUAAAGCAAAUCCUCUAUAUGGAACUGUAUUUGGUGGUUUGUGUAUUUUACACUUUAUAUUCAUCCCUGAACCAACAUAUCAAGGUCCAGAAUAUAUCACUUAUUUCAGAGCUAGUCAUUUAGAUGAAGAAUUAGAGAAAGAUAAAAGAAUAAUUUGGGUUGUAACAUUUUAUGCUGCCUGGUCACCACCUUGUGUUACAUUUGCUUCCAUUUUUUCGCAGAUUAGUAAUGAAUAUCAUUUAGAUAAUUUAAAGUUUGCCAAGAUGGAUAUAUCAAAAUAUCCCGCAGUGGCUGAGAAGUAUAAGAUAGAUUGUUCAUCUUGGUCUAGACAAUUACCUACAGUUAUUCUCUUUGAAAAUGGUAAAGACAAAAUACGAAGACCUUUAACUAAUGGAAAACAGACAGCUAAGUUCAUGUGGACUAAGGAAAAUGUGAUAAGAGAAUUUGAUCUAAAUCAGUAUUAUGGUGAUUGUAAAAAACAUCCUAUACCAAAAUAUCGAGAAAAGAAAGAAAAUUAAACCAUUGUGCAGUGUAUAUUGGAGUCAUUCAUAACCAUUCAUGUGUAUAGUGUUAUAAAUCAUUAUGAUAUUUUGUGAUUAAGAGUUUACAUCACUUGAUAUAAAAAAAAAAAUGAUUUGGAAUCAAAGACCAAUAGUGAUUGUGUAUUCACCUCACCAAGAUAUUUGCUGUUUUUUGUGAUAAUGCUUCAGGACAUAAAUCUUUGAAUAUUUGAUAGGCAUUUCCAUGUAAACUACAGCUAGUUUUAUUACCUUUUAAAAUCUCAUCUUUGUCAUAUUAAUACUUGAAAGAUUAUGGAUUGUUUGUGUAUUGUAUGUUUGUUUUUACCAUAGAUAAAAUUUAUUUAUUUCUAGAUGUGUGUUAUGUUGUUAACUUUUAUAGUUGAGUUGAGAUAUUUGAGGUCAUCUGGUCUGAUUUAAAUCUUAACUUAGAGAUGUUCUCUUUAUUUUUUGCAUAGAAUAACUAGUAAUUGCAACCAAUUUUGUAGUUAGGGUAGAAUAAAAUUUCAUUGAAAAU